AUGGGUGUUACCGGGAGAAAUACACAGGAGGCCAAGAUUCCGGUUGUAGAUUUUUCCAAGAUAAUCAACCAUACAAGUAGUACUACUAGUAGUAGUAGUUGUUGGGUGGAAGCGCGGGCGCAAGUCUGCCAGGCACUGGAAGAGUACGGCUGUUUUGUAGCAACACUGUCAGAUGCUGAUGCUGAUGCUGAUGAGUACAACAAAAUCUUUGGGAGCUUAGACGAGCUGUUUGGUUUCCCAAAAGAAAUCAAACUGCAAAACACUUAUGACAAGCCUUUCCGCGGCUACCAUUCCCCUAAUGACGUCCAUGAAGGCUUGGGGAUCGAUGAUCCAACAGACCCUCAAGCAAUUCACAACUUCGCCAACCUCUUUUGGCCCAAUGGAAAUCACCCUAACUUCUCUGAAAGUGCUGAUGGGUAUGCGAAAGUGGUGGUGAGGCUAGAUGAGACUGUGACGAGAAUGAUAUUUGAACACUACGGCGUGGACAACAAAUGGUGCGAGAGUCAUAUUGGAGCAACUGAUUAUGUACUGCGACUGCACAAAUAUGAUGGAGCAGCAGCAGCAGGUGAGGAGCACAUGGCGCUUCCUGAGCACACCGACAUGAACCUCACCACCAUAAUUCAUCAGAAUCAUGUCAAUGGCUUGGAGGUGAAGAUUGCAAACGGUGACUGGGUUCCUUUUGAUGUAUCGCCUAAUUCGUUUAUAUUCAUGACCGGCGAUGGCUUCCAGGUGUGGAGCAAUGACAGAAUAAAACCUUGCGUGCAUCGAGUGAUGAUGAGCGACAAGGAAGUGAGAUACUCGGUGUUGCUGUCGACAUUUCACAGUGGAACCAUAAGUGUGCCGGAGGAGCUCAUCGAUGAUCAACACCCUUUACGAUAUAAGCCAUUGAACCAUCUUCAGUAUCUGGCCUCACAGCUCGGUCAAAACUACAGGGCAAGACUAUGCAAGCUUGCCUGA